AUGACGUAUAAGGGCGUGCUGACAGACGCACAGAACCGGGUAGACCUCACCGGCCUGGACAUUACCAGGCUGAGACCGAAGUUUGCGGCCACGGGCGCCCCAAUGUACGAGGUGCCCGGGGCUAACUCAGAAGAGAGGGCCGACUCCCUCGCCUCAAGGCUGAGGGAGUGUUUCGCGGGGUCGGAAGAUAUCAGAAUCUCCCGGCCCACGAAGACCGUGGAACUGCGGCUAAGUGAGCUGGACUAUACAGCCACUCCAGAAUCAGUCGCAGCGGCCCUCUCCAAGGCCGGUGAGUGCGCCGUGGAGGCGAUAAAAGUUGGGCAAAUUCGCCCUGAUCGGUCAGGCGUAGGGACCGCCUGGGUGAAAAUGCCCAUAAAGGCGGCCCAAAAGUGA